UUUCCCUCUGAGGUGGUUGCUAGUGUAGUGCCGCUCAAACGAAUCAACAGGGGAAAAAAUAAUGACGGCAUAAAACUGCAUAUAUUUACUUGUUAGAUCGAGCACAAAACAAAUAACCUACAUCGUUACCAUAAACACUGAAGAAAACCCCCUCCACUGAGACCCUUUUCGUCUGCAUUCACCACUGCAUUUUAAUUUUGUAAGAAAGGGCGUUUCUUCUUCUGUAUUUGUUUACCUCCUAACCACUGAGCAUGUCAGUGGCCCUCCUCGUACGAUAUGCCACGCUCGGUGGGUCUCGAGUCUGCUGCAGAGCUGCCCUCGGUCUGACCGCCAGCCAUCAGGAAAACCAGAUACGGGCACUACACAGUCCAUCGUCCAUCCGAUCGAGCAACUCCCGCUUUGAUCCAGACAGCAGUGGCCGUCCGACUACCUGGGAUUCGUUUGGAAUCUGGGACAAUCGCAUCGACGAGCCCAUUUUACUUCCAUCAAGUAUCCGGUACGGAAAACCCAUCCCCAAAGUCAGCCUGUCCAGGGUGGGCUGCGCCUCGCUGAUCGGCCAGCGGAAAGAGAACGAAGACCGAUACCAGCUGUCUCAUAUGACGAACAACAUCAUGUACUUCGCAGUGUUCGACGGGCACGGGGGGGCCGAGGCUGCCGAAUUUUGCCACAGGCACAUGGAACAGUAUAUUAAAAAUAUUGCAGAAAAGGAACAUAACUUGGAGUUAGUUUUAACCAAAGCUUUUCUUGAGGUGGACACGGCAUUGGCAAAACACCUUCAAUUCAGCGCAGAUGCCUCUCUGUUAAGCGCAGGCACCACGGCCACCGUGGCCCUGCUGAGAGACGGGAUCGAGUUGGUGGUGGGGAGCGUGGGUGACAGCCGUGCCAUGCUGUGCCGCAAAGGCAAGGCCCUUAAGCUCACCGUGGACCACACAGCCGAAAGAAAGGACGAAAAGGAGAGGAUACGUAAAAGUGGGGGUUAUGUAUCGUGGAACAGUCUGGGUCAACCCCACGUCAACGGAAGGCUUGCCAUGACGCGCAGUAUUGGCGAUUUCGACCUUAAAAGUACAGGAGUCAUCGCUGAACCAGAAACCAAGAGGGUUACGUUACAUCAUGUGCACGACUCAUUCCUGGCCCUCACUACUGAUGGCAUCAACUUUAUCAUGAACAAUCAGGAGAUCUGUGAUGUCAUUAACCAGUGUCACGAUCCUAAAGAGGCAGCACAGCGUAUAUCUGAGCAGGCUCUUCAGUAUGGAUCUGAAGACAACAGCACUAUCAUGGUGGUGCCGUUCGGUGCCUGGGGCAAACACAAGAGCUCAGACGUCACUUUCUCCUUCAGCCGCAGUUUUGUCUCUAGUGGUCGCUUUGCCUAAAUGAAAAUAAUGAGCGAAAGGUUGAAAUCGAAAGGGAACCGUCCAUUGUGCAAUAUUCUACUUAUCCAUAUGUUGAGGACCGUUUAACCCUGAACAAUAACCUGGAGACCAUGACACAUGACAUUUAUAUUAUCUUGGACAAGAAUGUUUUGCUUAGAAAAACAGAACAAACAUUAUAACAAUGUUUAAAACACAGGUAGGAAAAUGUUGCCGAUAAAGUUCUCCCGAUCUUUACGGAUUUGCACAUACUCGGUUAUUCCUUCCAGUUAUUUGCUCCAGAACUGCUUUACUGAUAAUAAAUGUUAUGUGGUUACCUCAGUUCUGGUUCGAUUAACAGACACAAUACGGUAGAUAACGCUGAUGCGAAUGUAAUGUUGGUACUAUAAGUUAAGUACUGUAAAUAGUUUGCCUUAUUCCUCAUACUGGAAUCAUCAGCUGUUGUCUGUAAUGGUAUCUACAUUGUAGUUUAGUUUUCAUAACUAAGAAAUUUUAAGCACUUGGAUAUUUACAAGGUUUGAUUAUUUUCGUAAUCGUCAUCACUGCCGUUAAUCGACACAAGCACAUAUUAACAGCGGUCCAUGGAUCUCUGUACUUGUCUGUUGACUAUGCAUAUUCAUUUUCCCAUACAGAAGUGUGUACUGCAUGUUUCUUUUGCAAGCAUACUUCUCCUGUUUGUAGUGUUCAUUAAAAAACAGUCAUAGCUUAAAGCGUAACUAAACCCCUGGUCAGAGCCUGACUCCACCCACUGCAAUAUUUGAAAAAUGCAAGAAAAGUGGGCAGAUCCCAACGGAGAUAGAGGGGACGAACUAAGUGUGUGGUGAGAUCGUAACAAGGGCGUGGUGAGCUUGAACCUGCUUACGUCACGAGUCAUUUUUUGGACCCAAAAUCCAAUAGGAAAAUUCAACUGCAGUAGCCACCGUUCAACCUGAAGAGGGCAGCACUCAGACGUUUUUACACCAUAUAUUGUAGUAUUGAAACACUUUAUAUCCAAAUGUCAAAAAACUUACUAAAAUCAAUGAACAGCACUAAUAAAGCCUCAUUCUUACAGAUCAUUAACUCAAAAAAGUUGGUUUAGGGUUUAGUUACUCUUUAAAAACAGCAGUUUAAAGGGAUAGUUCGGCCAAAAAUGAUAUUAAACCCAUGAUUUACUC